AUGAAUGAAUAUCUUCAAGGAAGGAUCCUACGCAUUGUUGAAUCACUCAUAGAAUGGUCUGUUUGUUCUCAAUUCACAAGCGCUCCUGCUACAACAGAUGGUUUGGCGAUGAAUAUGUUUAUUGUUCCUGAGCAAAAGUUCGAUUUAAACUCAAUCAAGACAAAAUGCGAAAAUAAGGAAUACAAAACACUCGAAGAAUACAGAGAUGACGUAAAUAAAGUUUUGGCCACCGGUUUAGAGAAGAAGAACAAGGACAAUUUCAUGUAUAUUAUGGCUCAGGAAGCAUAUUUAUGGUUCAACAACAAAAUAAAUACACUUCCACGCAAUCAAGAACAAGAAUGGCGCGAUAAAAUAGCUAAGCAAGUGGCCAAAAUUAACGAAUUAUUACAGUAUAAUCCUCUCAAUCCACCACCUACUCAAAAGCAAAUCAAAGAUACAUUCUCGAAACUUCCUUUAUAA